AUGGAUAUUCCACCCCUGCACCUCCAGCCUGACCGGCGAAUGGCUGACCCACAUUCCGUCGCAAACAUGUCUGAGGGAAGGUUUAGCACUGAGUUGAACUCUCGAGUAGCACCACAGUACUCUGCACCAAGGAUGUCUGAUUUAGGAAGUUAUCCAUUUGUUCCAAACAUGGCUGAUGAUAGACUUCGUCAAGAUUCAAACUCCAUGAACAAGAAUGGGAAUCGGCCAGGGUCAACCCAGUACACCGUUCCAGGAAUGGAAAAAGACAUGGAUUCAAAUAGUUCUGACAAAUCCGGACAUAAUCGUGGUCAGAUCCCAAAUCCCUAUAUACCUUCAGGAAUGCAAGACACUCGUAAACCUUAUGAGUAUAAAGAUCGAUAUAAGAGGAGCAUGUAUGGUCCGGAAUUCUUUCAGGCAGCGACACAACUUGCCAACUUUGGGAUGCAUAAUCAGGCAGAGAAACAGCCUGACACACAUUCACAAAAGUCCAACGAUGCCAUGGAUCCUUAUCAAAGGAAUACGUCUUAUGGUCCAGAAUUCUUUCAGGCAGCAACACAGCUAGCUAAUUUUGGCAUGCACUCUACAGAGAGACCUCCAGAAACAGAUGUCUGUGGAAUGGGAGGGAUUCAGACAGGUUUCCUGCCAGGUAAUUUUGGAAUGCAACCACCAGGUGGAGAAAAACAAGUGGAAAAAGAAAUGGAUAAGGACCCUAAUAGACACAAUGCCUAUGGCCAAGAGUUCUUCCAAGCUGCUGCUCAACUGGCAAACUUCGGAAUGCGUUCAGUUGAAAAGCCGCCAGAGUUUCAGAACUUGACAGAUGUCUGUGGAAUGCCGGUUUUCCCUGGGGCUUCUGGUGCAAACCAGCAAACGCAGAGCUCGGAAUCGGACAAGUCUGAUAAAGAUGUCUAUCACCAAGGAGAUCAUCAGUAUGGGGCCAUUCAAGGAAUGGGGAAAAAGAAAACUCCAAAGAAACCCAAAGUAUCCAAGGAAGAUGAUGGCAAGCCUUACAAGUGUGAGAUAUGUGGUAAGGGUUUUGGACAGCCACAUGACCUACCCAUUCAUUUGAAGUCACACACAGGUGAAAAGCCUUAUAAAUGUAAUGUUUGCUGUAAAGGAUUCAAACAAGCCUCCAUCCUGAAACGCCACCUCAGAAUUCACACGGGAGAAAAACCGUAUGAAUGUGACAUCUGUGGAAAUGGAUUCAUUAACCGUAACCAACUACACAAGCACCUUAAGACCCAUGAAGGGGAGGAAAAAAAGCCUCUCAAGUGUUAUGUCUGCGGCCAAGAUUUUAAAAAUGAGAUCACAAAUCUGCAGAUCCACUUCCUUACUCACACAGGAGAGAAACCCAACACUUGUGGCGUUUGCGGGAAGCGUUCUAAGGACAUGAACAAGCUUCAGCGUCACAUGAUGACUCACACAGGCGAAAAACCAUACAACUGUAUUGUGUGUAAGAAGGGAUUCAACAUGCCCUACACUUUGUUAACCCAUCUUCGUACUCACACUGGCGAGUACGGGUACAAAUGUGACAUCUGUGGCAAAGGAUUCAAUCAAACAGGGGACAUGCAGCGCCACCGCAGGACACAUACUGGUGAAAAACCUUACAAAUGUGAGACAUGUGGCAAGAGUUUUAAUUUGCUGUACAACUUGCAAACUCACCGUAGGAUCCACACAGGUGAAAAACCAUACAUCUGUACCACAUGCGGAAAAGGUUUCGCUGAUGGAGCCAACUUGUAUCGACACAGCAAGACCCACACCCAAGAGAGGUCAUACAAGUGUGAAAUCUGUAACAAGACCUUCACCUUGGCACAAAGUGUCCAGCGACAUCGCAGGCUGCACACUGGUGAAAAACCUUACAAGUGUGAAAUAUGUGGAAAGACCUUCAGACAGAAAGGAAACCUUGGUGUCCACAAUAAACGUGUCCACAUCAAACAGGCUAGACUUGCUGCUGAGAGGGAAGCAAGGUCCAAGGAGGAUGCCGAAGCAAAUGCAGCAGCUUUGGCUAAAGCCAAAGAGGCAAAAGCCAGACUGAAGGAAGAGAAGGCAAGGAUCAGGCUGGAAAAGAGGGAGGCAAAGGCAGCUGCAAAGGCAGCUGCCACUGCGGCAAGGGCUGCAGCCAAAUCUGAAAGGCUGCGACUUAAACAGGAAAGGGAAGAACGUGAAGCUGCUGAAGAAGCAGCAGAAGUUGAAGAAACACAGAUUGAAGAUGAAACAACAGUUGAGAAUUCAACAACAGUUGAGGAUUCAACAACAGUUGAAGAACCAGAGACCAGAAAAGAAACAGGCAUGGAAGAGGAGGAAGAGGAAGAAGAAGAAGAGGAAGAAGAAGAAGAGGAGGAGGAAGAGGAGGAAGAACAUGUAGAACCAGAAGCACAAAUGGAAAAUCAAGGUAGAUCUAGAGAUCAUGAAGACAGACAGAAUAACAUGGAGGGUUCUGAAAAAUCAGAUUCAGAAGCUGAGAGUGAAAGUGAAGAGGAAGAAUCCAUGGAUGAACAGGAUGGAGAUAAAGAGCAGAAUUUAGGUCUGGCACCAACGAUGGAAUAA